GGGUAUGAAGUAGUAGUGAGGCUGCUAUUAGCUGGAGGGGCGGACAUGGCAGCAAAGACCACUAGGGGAGAAAUGCCAAUGCACUACGCAGCUCUCGCAGGGAGAGAGGAAAUAUUACAGCUGCUGUUAGAUGCAGGGGCGGAUAUAGCAGCAACAACCGUUUGGGGAGAGAAGCCACUGCAUUACGCAGCUGUGGGAGGAAACAAGGAAAUAUUGCGGUUGCUGUUAGAUGCGGGGGCAGAA